AUGGACAAUAUGACCUAUUUCAGACUGUCUUUAUCAUCAUCAAACCCUCACUUGAAAUCAAAAUGA